GUCAGACAGGGACAAACAGCACAAUAAAACAGUUGAUGUAAAACAACACAGGAUGCCAGUGUCAACACUGAGAUAUGCUGUAUAGAGACGAUGGUACAGGUGCUCGUAUUUACAGUACUGCUGUGCGUGAGCGCAGCUUUCGGCGCAGCCUUCAACCCUGACUACUUCCGGUGUCACCUUGACCUCUGUAAACGAGGAGAACAGUACUGUGUGGAGGAGAGACAACGAUGUUACCACUGCGCAGACUUAACUCACCUGUGCAAUACAACUGAACUCUCGCGAGACUGUGACAGCUAUUGCUAUCGGGUUCAAUUACAGCGCGUAGUGGAACUUGAAGCAAAUAAAAGCGCGGAGUUGGCAGACAGGCAGGCUGACCUCCAACAGGAACAACAGAAGAACGCUGAUCUGAAACAGACAGUGAAACAGCUGGAGGGUAACGUCAGCCGACUCACAACAGUAAACGAGAAUCUGAACACUGGAAAUAACCAAAGGUGAAAACCUGAAAACAGAAC